AUGCGUGCAGUCACUCUCCUGGCCUCGGGCUUCGUCCACAUCGUCCUCGCCGCACGGCCUUUCCUCAACGAGCCUGAUACAGGUAUUGAAGACGCCCUUCCGGAUCUCAAGCCAGGAGAACUUCCUGACUUGAGUACUAUGGUCGGGCUGCCAGACUUUGACUACGCUGCCAGAAACUAUUUACCUGUUCGCAACUACACGUAUUACCGAAAUGGAGCGGCUGGCGAGUGGUCGUAUCGAAACAAUCUCGAGGUGUUCCAGCGCUAUCGCUUCAAUCCGCGCGUGAUGGUGGACGUCACCAACGUGGAGGAAACACUUUCGACCUCUAUUUUGGGAUAUAACUUCUCCGCCCCUUUCUUCAUUGGCCCAGCUGCACGCGGUGACCUAGGCCACCCCUUGGCUGAGUUUAAUCUUAUGCGGGCCGCAGCGGCAGAAGACAUCCUCUAUAUUCCUUCCCUUUCUGCAUCGAAGUCUAUUGAAGAGAUUGCAAGCUCCAAGUCAGAUGGCCAGGUCCACUUUCAACAGGUCGGCUUCUCAUGCAGUUCUCUCGGACAAUAUAACUCAGUGUUGGCUAAUGAAUGGAGACAGCUUUAUCUGCCAGAGAACGAGACUGAAACCCAGAAAUUGAUUCGCAGAAUUGAGGCAGCUGGCGCAAAGGCCAUUGGCUUUACUGUUGACUCUGCCGCUGAUGGCAACCGACAACGUGCUGCCCGGUUUGGUGUUCAGUCCGCGUGA